GAGAGAGAGAGAGAGAGAGAGAGAGGGAAAGAGGGAGAGGGAGGCAAGGCAGAGAGUCGCAGCUGCGUAUAAGCGCAGAGUUAUGAGCAGAGUUUUAAUUGAGGUCGGUAGACGGUAUGCACUCUCACAUUGACUGUGGGCGACGUUGCUUCUAAACAGCAUUGCACCAACUUGUUGCGUCCUCUGCACAAAACUUUGGGGGUGAAAAGUUUCUUCAAAGUGGAACUGGAUACGACUGUGGACUUACAUAUGACAGCGCAUGACUACCAUCAUUUAACAGAUGUAUGUCAAUUUUUUUACGGCAGAAAUUAAUGUAGUCACUUCACGUGGGAAUGAAUGUGUUUAUUGAAAAACGCCGUUACAAAUUAAUUACAUUAAUAACAAAAAACAAUUUCUCUGACAACAGGACCGACUGUGAAGUUUUCAAUUUGUCAUAUUUGUCUGCAGGUGACUAAAUGCAAGUCCUCUGAAAAGUGGGGAAACCCUUGGAUUUAACCUCGCUGGAGCCUGGACAGAUACUUUUCCCUUUCUCGCUUGCGCUGAGGCACUUAUUUUGUGUGUGUAUGAACUUUUGCCGUCUUCAAUGGAAGUAACUGCGGAUCAGCCGCGCUGGAUGGGCCACCACCACCCGGUACUGACCGGGCAGCAUCCCGACUCUCAUCACCCGGGCCUCGGCCACCCGUACAUGGACUCGUCUCAGUACCCUCUCGCAGAUGAUGUGGAUGUACUGUUUAAUAUCGACGGACAGGGCAACCACGUCUCCCCGUAUUACGGAAACUCCGUCAGAGCCGUGCAGAGAUACCCGCCUCCCCCUCACAGUGGGCAGGUGUGCCGUCCGCCCCUGAUCCCCGGCUCUCUGUCCUGGCUGGACGGAAGCAAGGCCCUGGGAACGCACCACAGCGCGUCCCCCUGGAACUUGAGCCCCUUCCCAAAAACCUCCCUGCACCACGGCUCUCCGGGGUCCCUCUCUGUCUACCCCCCGGCCUCCUCCUCCUCCUUAUCCGGGGGUCACUCCAGCCCUCACCCCUUCACCUUCCCCCCGACCCCGCCGAAAGACGCCUCGCCGGACCCGGGGGUAUCCACCCCGGGCUCGGGCGGCUCCGGCCGCCAGGAGGACAAAGAGUGCAUUAAGUACCAGGCAUCCCUGGCGGACAGCAUGAAGCUGGAGUCGGUCCACAGCCGGAGUAUGGCGUCAAUCGGGGCGGGGGCCACGUCCACGCACCACCCCAUCGCCACUUACCCUCCCUAUGUCCCCGAAUAUGGGCCUGGCCUCUUCCCACCAAGUACCCUGAUAGGUGGGUCAUCCUCUAGUUAUGGUUCCAAAACGAGACCAAAAACAAGGUCCUGUUCAGAGGGUAGAGAGUGCGUUAACUGCGGAGCUACGUCCACCCCUCUUUGGAGGAGGGAUGGCACUGGCCACUAUCUGUGUAACGCCUGCGGACUCUAUCACAAGAUGAACGGACAGAACCGGCCGCUAAUUAAACCCAAGAGACGGCUGUCUGCAGCCAGACGGGCGGGGACGUCAUGUGCAAACUGUCAAACGACCACGACGACGCUCUGGAGGAGAAAUGCGAACGGGGACCCGGUCUGUAACGCAUGCGGGCUUUACUACAAACUGCACAAUGUCAACCGACCGCUGACCAUGAAGAAGGAAGGCAUACAGACCAGGAACCGGAAGAUGUCCAGCAAGUCCAAGAAGAGCAAAAAGUCCCACGACGGCAUGGAGAGCUUCUCCAAGGGCCUCAUGGACAAGGGCAGCUCCUUCAGCCCCACGGCCCUGUCCCGACACAUGAGCUCCUUCCCCCCGUUCUCGCACUCCGGCCACAUGCUGUCCACGCCCACGCCCAUGCACCCCUCCUCCAGCCUGCCCUUCACCCCCCACCACCCCUCCAGCAUGGUCACCGCCAUGGGGUAGACCUGAGCAACACCCCCCACCUGCCCCCCCCCGGCCUGUUCCAUCACUGGAGGACAGAACCCACCUCCACCCCGUAAAACAGAUAAGCAUACCUCUUCCGACCUAAGGGCCCAGAGAGACUGUCCUUCUGCUCUGGGGAGACCUAUCUUCUCCUCGUGGAUCACUGCUCCAGGAGCAAGCGGUGUGUCUGCGCACGCAUGUUCACAACCAGCCACUGGGUCCGAAAUUUGUUUGUCUACAAGAGCCGUUUUUACAGUGAAAAUGACUGACCCAGACUGCUGCCGCAACUAGCCUGUGAAACAGGACUCCCCUGCUCCGCGAAAAAGAGGCAGAGGAGACAGACUUCCUAUAUAUUUGUUCAGAUUGUAUGAAAUACAGUACGUUUAUUGCAGGCUUUCCUUUUUAAAAAGGCCCGUCGGCAGCUGCCGUGGGAGGGGUACGAGUUCCGGCAGUAAGAGGGACUGUCAGAGGAUCACAGCACUGU